GGCCGCCGUCCUCCCGCCCCUCCUCGCCCGCCGCCGGAGUUUUCUUUCGGUUUCUUCCAAGAUUCCUGGCCUUCCCUCGACGGAGCCGGGCCCAGUGCGGGGGCGCAGGGCGCGGGAGCUCCACCUCCUCGGCUUUCCCCGCGUCCAGAGGCUGGCAUGGCGCGGGCCGAGUACUGAGCGCACGGUCGGGGCACAGCAGGGCCGGGGGGUGCAGCUGGCUCGCGCCUCCUCUCCGGCCGCCGUCUCCUCCGGUCCCUGGAGAGAGCCAUUGAGACACCAGCUGGACGUCACGCGCCGGAGCCUGUCUGGGAGUCAGAGCGAGGUGGCUCCAUCCCCGCAGGGUCCGCGGAGCCCCGAGAUGGGACGGGACUUGCGGCCCGGGUCCCGCGUGCUCCUGCUCCUGCUUCUGCUCCUGCUGGUGUACCUGACUCAGCCAGGCAAUGGCAACGAAGGCAGCGUCACUGGAAGUUGUUAUUGUGGCAAAAGGAUUUCUUCUGACUCCCCGCCAUCGCUUCAGUUCAUGAAUCGUCUCCGGAAACACCUGAGAGCUUACCAUCGCUGUCUAUACUACACCAGGUUCCAGUUCCUUUCCUGGAGCGUGUGUGGGGGCAACAAGGACCCAUGGGUUCAGGAAUUGAUGAGCUGUCUUGAUCUCAAAGAAUGUGGACAUGCUUACUCGGGGAUUGUGGCCCACCAGAAGCAUUUACUUCCUACCAGCCCCCCAAUUUCUCAGGCCUCAGAGGGGGCAUCUUCAGAUAUCCACACCCCUGCCCAGAUGCUCCUGUCCACCUUGCAGUCCACUCAGCGCCCCACCCUCCCAGUAGGAUCACUGUCCUUGGACAAAGAGCUCACUCGUCCCAAUGAAACCACCAUUCACACUGCGGGCCACAGUCUGGCAGUUGGGCCUGAGGCUGGGGAGAACCAGAAGCAGCCGGAAAAAAAUGCUGGUCCCACAGCCAGGACAUCAGCCACAGUGCCGGUCCUGUGCCUCCUGGCCAUCAUCUUCAUCCUCACCGCAGCCCUUUCCUAUGUGCUGUGCAAGAGGAGGAGGGGGCAGUCACCGCAGUCCUCUCCAGGUUUGCCGGUUCAUUAUAUACCUGUGGCACCUGACUCUAAUACCUGAGCCAAGAAUGGAAGCUUGUGAGGAGAUGGACUCUAUGUUGCCCAGGCUGUUAUAGAACUCCUGAGUCAAGUGAUCCUCCCACCUUGGCCUCUGAAGGUGUGAGGAUUAUAGGCGUCACCUACCACAUCCAGCCUACACGUAUUUGUUAAUAUCUAACAUAGGACUAACCAGCCACUGCCCUCUCUUAGGCCCCUCAUUUAAAAACGGUUAUACUAUAAAAUCUGGUUUUCACACUGGGUGAUAAUAACUUGGACAAAUUCUAUGUGUAUUUUGUUUUGUUUUGCUUUGCUUUGUUUUGAGAUGGAGUCUCGCUCUGUCACCCAGGCUGGAGUGCAGUGGCAUGAUCUCGGCUCACUGCAACCCCCAUCUCCCAGGUUCAAGCGAUUCUCCUGCCUCCUCCUGAGUAGCUGGGAUUACAGGUGCUCACCACCACACUCGGCUAAUUUUUUGUAUUUUUAGUAGAGACGGGGGUUUCACCAUGUUGACCAGGCUGGUCUCGAACUCCCGACCUGGUGAUCUGCCCACCCAGGCCUCCCAAAGUGCUGGGAUUAAAGGUGUGAGCCACCAUGCCUGGCCCUAUGUGUGUUUUUUAACUACUGAAAAUUAUUUUUGUAAUGAUUGAGUCUUCUUUAUGGAAACAACUGGCCUCAGCCCUUGCGCACUUACUGUGAUUCCUGGCUUCAUUUUUUGCUGAUGGUUCCCCCUCGUCCCAAAUCUCUCUCCCAGUACACCAGUUGUUCCUCCCCCACCUCAGCCCUCUCCUGCAUCCUCCUGUACCCGCAACGAAGGCCUGGGCUUUCCCACCCUCCCUCCUUAGCAGGCGCUGUGCUGGGACACCAUACGGGUUGGUUUCACUUCCUCAGUCCCUUGCCUACCCCAGUGAGAGUCUGAUCUUGUUUUUAUUGUUAUUGCUUUUAUUAUUAUUAAAACUCUAGUUCUUGUUUUGUCUCUCUGAAUGAAGAA